AUGAAUGAGGUAUAUAUAUAUAGUGUAAACAUUAUAUAGAAUCUAAAUCUACAAAAACUGUUGAAUAAUCAUCUUAAUCCAACUAUUGAUAACCUCUAGAUUAUAUAUUCCAAAUUAUAGCAUUUAUAAUAUUUUAAUUCCUUUAUUGAAAAGAAUCUUAAAGGAACAUAAAGGGAGAGUUUAUUAUAUGUAAAUAAAAUACCUAUAUUAGUUAUGUGGCAAAUUUAGAAUGGAACAUUUCAAAGGAGGAGAAUUAAUAUUCAAAGAGGGAGACAAGUCAAACGAUAAAUUAUAUAUAAUAUUUAAUGGUAAAGUUGCAUUGAUGAAGUCCAGACCCUAAUAAAUCUAAUAAUAUAAUGAAAAGCCUCCUGAUAUUCAAAAAAUACCUUCAAUCUUAUUAAAUUAGACAACCAAGCCUGCUCCAUUAAUGCCUCAGUAUUCAUAUAAUUGUGAUUGAUUUAGGAAAACUAUGAAUGCUAAUGUUACUGGCAUAAACUUUUUCAAAUAAUUUGCAAAUUCUAAAAAGUUUGCUGAUAAAAUGAAAGGAAAUAUAGUACAGGGUUAAACUAAUGAAAGAGUUUAAAUAAGUCAAUAAGAAAUUUAAAUUUUAAGCGAGAAAUAUGGAGAAACAAUUAGAAUAUUGAAGAGAGGUGAAGGAUUUGGUGAUAGAGCUUUAUUGGAGAAUGUUCCAAGAGCAUUAACAGCUUGUGCCUAUACUUAAGAUUUAUUCUUAUUGAUUUUGAAAAAAGAUGAUUUCGAUUUAAUUCGACAACAAUUCAUAUAGUAAAUGAAAGAAAAGAAAAGUUUAAUAUUCACUAAAUUCCCUGUUAAAGCGAUUAUUCAUCUAAAUAAUUAGAACAUUUAGCCUAUAGUUUUGAUGUUGAAUAAUUUUAGAAAAACUUUAUUUUAACUGUAGAUGGACUUCCCAAAAAAUCCUUUUAUUUAAUAUAAUAUGGAGAUAUUUUAAUAGAAAAAUUGAUAAAUAAUU